AUGCCGGGGCAAAGUUUCUCCAAAACCGUUCGGAUUGCGGCGGACGUGACCGUUGGAACUUGUCCGAAUUGUUCCCUUUUGCACGAUAGUUUAAAUGAGUAUGUGGCUUCCUUUCUGACACUGAAACAGAAGAUUGUUGACUCUGAUCACUUGCUGAGUGAAUACCAGGAGAAGUGUGAUGAUAUCCUUUUUGAAAAAUGUCAACUUUCUAAGUCUUUAGAGGCAUGUGGAGAGAUGUCCAAAGAGCUGGAGAGACUGAAGGGGGAGAACAAUGAGACAGUUGCACAGAAUAAAAAACUCCAGGACCGGUUAAAGGUUAUGGAAGAAAUGACAGAAAAGCAGAACCGUGAGAAUGCACAGCUGAAGAGGGAGAAGGUCUCACUUGAAGACGACAUGCUAAAAACACUGGAAUCUUUGAAGACAUCUCAGGCGAAGGCAGAACAAAUUGAAAAAAUGAGACAAGAGAAUGUGAAGACAGCAGCCAUAAGGAGCAAACUUGAAAAUCAGCUUUCACUGCUUGAAGUAUCAGAUCGCAAGCAGAGUCAUCAUAUAUCUCAGCUGACAAAAGAGAAGAUUCUACUAGAAAAGCACAUGUAUGACCUUCAGAGCUGCUUUCUCACCACUCAGGCCAACUUCACCUGUGCUCCAAGUCAAGUAUGGCGCAUCGCCACAGUACACAGACAAAAGCCCGCAAAGGAACACAUCACCCAAGACCUCCAGACUAUGAAUGUUGAUAUUUCAAGUAAGAAAGUGAGCACUGAAAGUGAGCAUCUUGCAACUGACCUAAAAGCUCCUGAGCCUGUGCCCAAGUCCACAAGAGACAGUUUCAUGGAACAGUCAGUUCAUAAAGAGUUGCCUCAGGAGACGGCUGACUCAUUUGAAUUGAAAAUGGAAUCUUGUAAGACCCUGUCUGAUGACCAAAUUAUCUUGUCUAAACAAAGCCCUCCAAACACAAGUAAGGUCAGAAAACCUAAAGAUUUGUGUGAAAUCAUGCCUGAAAGAUUAAUUUUGAGUGUGAUCGGAGAGGACACCUCACUCGCCAGCCCAGCAGCUUGUCGUCAUGCAGAAAUUUCCACCAAAACUCAACCAGAGGUCUUAUGCCAAAUUUUCUCUGAAGUGGGCACUCCACUUCCCUCCCUCCUCACCCCACUACGUGCAACUCCUCCAAAGCUGGUUAAACCAAUCAAUCCAAGGCAGGCCAUUGAAAAACUCUCCUUUCCAUCACCCAUGGAUAGACUGCCCUCGCCUACCACUCCAGUAAAGCUUGGCAUGGCACGUAACAGUUUGCAGAGCUCCUCGUCCCUAAACAGUUCCCCAUCUCAGAACGGAGUCCCCUCAUCUCCACUUCAGUUCGGCUCUGCCACUCCUAAACAUGCUGUGCCAGUUCCAGGGCGCCUGCCUUCAUCCACGCUGAAUGCAUCCUCAACCUCCAGUCCGUCUCAGGAAAACACCAUGAGGAUCCUUGACGCCAUGUAUCCACAACUCUCUGCCCGUGCCCGGACUCUCACUCUUCUCCGGGGGAACGUCGGCCUCGGCAUGUGUGUGCCUGACGGUGGAACAACUGCGACAAUAACUGACGGUCAUAUAUCUGGCUUCAAAAGCAUUAACUCCUCUUCCACAGCCUUCACUAAGACAGAGCAGAGAGGAGAGAAGAGACCCGCGGGUAAUGUCGCCCAACCUCAAAGUGCCAAAUGUCCCAGGCUAGACAGCAGCUCGGGUAGUAUUCCCAAGAUGGUUACUCCGCCCCCUACAUUAAUCAGUUCAGAUCAGCUGGCUUCACCUGAGGCUUUUGGGCGUGAGGACCCUCAAAGCAAGUUGAGCUCUCAAGACACGGAAGGAAGAAAACUUGCAGGGGAAACACUGAUUGUCAGCUCCUUAAGGAAAAUCGAAAGCAAGUGUUUUGAUUUGCUACCUGUUAUUAAGUGCCACCUGCAUGUUGGGAACAUAUCUAAAAAACCUGUCUUGAGAGAUGAGGAGAAGGAGGUCAUUGCUGAGUGCUGCACAGGCAGUGAGUUUGUCGCAGAUGACAUGAUUUCGGCCAUCUUGACAAAAAUGAAGACAGGGGGCAAGGUGCUCAGUGGAGACCACAUGCAAGCCCUGUGUAGAGUCUACACAGGCAUCUGUCGACAGAGGAGAGAUUGGGAGAGGGCUCAUGUCCUGGCCUACAGCAUCCUCAAAGAGGAUAUCCCGGAUGCGGCUAAACUUAUCUUGUUUAUGGUGACAACAUGGCCCAGUGUGCUGUCACACAGUGGCACACUGUGCCAGGCCAUACACGCUAUCACUAAACUCAAAGCACAAGAAGAAGAGGUCCUCCACUGCCUUUCAGCUUACCUUGGCUGGGAUAAGAACCCUCCCAGUGACGUGGACCAUUUGGUCAAUAGCACACUGUGUGAGAUCCAGGCCGGGUCGAGCCUAUUGUUCCAAAAACACAGUCGGUACGGGGAUGACCUGGGAGCCGAGGCCUGGGAGUGUGUCUUCACGCUGGACCUUAUAUGUACACACAGGAAGUGGAAAUGGACAUAUGAUCAUUUGUUGAGCAAAGAGCUUUGGCCUCUGAUGAACACCUGGGUGAGACAGCCCAGAGACCAGCAGACACCCCUCUCCAAUGUGACCAUCGCCACCGUCCUCAGACUGAUCGGACGCCUAGGACAUCUCGCAAUCAAGGAGGAGUGUUUUUCUUCACUUGCAACUGUCUCCAAUGUAAUCAACAUAUUUAGCCGACAUGGACAGGCUGAAAAUGUGCCAUGGGAGGUCCAGUUAGCAGCCGUUUACUGUACCUAUGACCUGUCACCUGGCAACCCCAAGGAAGCGCUGGAGAGUCUGGCGGGGUGGAGAGGAGAAACAACCCACACCGUUCCUCCUGCUGUCACCAGCUGCAUCAACCAGAUAGCCUCCAUCUACAGACGGGUCAAGAGCUGA